UCCCCUUUCGCAUGGGAAAAAGCCGUAAUUUCCAGUAAGUGGCCGGCUGCUCAAAAUCAACGUGUACUUUUGCUGGGAACCGAAGACAGGAGCUGCUCGCGGCAGAAAAGAAAAAAAGAUGGCAAGGGUUCAUCGAGAGAGCAGGGAUGAAAUAUGGACGACGGGCUGUUGUGGGUGGAGGGUGGAAGAUAGCGAGCAUCGGAGAAGAUAGGACGUGGUGAGAAGCGAUUGCAGGAGGCAGGGGUUUAGGAAGGAAGGCAGCGUCAUCGCGCGAGCGGAUAUUGCUCGAGAGGAAUAUCGAAGGAAAGGGAGGAAUGUGAGUUGGUAAUUGGGAUAUCUGUCACAGGCAAGGACAGGAAGGAAGGAAGGAAGGAAGGAGGAGGAGGGAGGUAUGGCUGUGGCUGUGAGGUCACCCAUUUGGGUUUCUCUGUCACGAUGCACAGUCUCUGCACCGGGCGCUGCUGCAGCUGUGAAGCUCGAUCGCAGUUUGUUCACAUGCAAUUCUUCUAAGCUCGCCGCAUCAUCUCGGUUGCCUCUGCAGGGGCUGAAUUCCGUGGAGUAUGGCUGUGGUCGACUGUUUUCUGGUUCGUCGAUUGGUCCGCGAGCCAAUGAGCGGGUUCUCAUUCGAGCCAGUGUCAAAGCCAGUGUCGAUGAACAAAAAGGAGGGAAUGCCGUUCGAGUGCGCUUCGCUCCAUCUCCCACGGGAAAUUUGCACGUCGGCGGUGCCCGCACUGCUCUUUUCAAUUACCUGUUUGCGAAGUCCACAGGAGGCAAAUUCAUCUUGCGCGUUGAGGACACAGACCUGGAGAGGUCUACCCGACAGUCUGAGGAAGCUAUGAUUCGAGACUUGAAGUGGCUUGGUUUAGACUGGGACGAAGGUCCAGACGCCGGAGGUGAAUUCGGUCCCUACCGGCAAUCAGAACGUAAUGAAAUAUACCAACAGUACGUGGAAAAGCUUCUCAAGUCCGGCAAUGUCUACCGCUGCUUCUGCUCUGAUGAAGAGCUGGAAGCAAUGCGAGAGGAAGCCAAGGCGAAAAAUCUUCCACCUAGAUAUAUGGGAAAGUGGGCAAGCGCCAGUGAUGCAGACGUUGAAUCUGAACUAUCCAAGGGGACUCCAUUUACAUACAGGUUUCGUGUUCCUCAAGAGGGAUCCAUAACUAUCAACGAUCUCAUUCGAGGCGAAGUAUCUUGGAGCCAGGACACACUAGGGGAUUUUGUGGUUCUGCGCAGCAACGGACAACCUGUCUACAACUUUUGUGUUGCUGUUGAUGAUGCCACAAUGAACAUUACUCAUGUGAUAAGGGCAGAGGAGCAUUUGCCCAACACGCUUCGCCAGGCUCUUAUUUAUAAGGCCUUGGGUUUCAAAAUGCCACAAUUUGGUCACGUAUCCCUUAUACUUGCACCUGAUCGUAGCAAAUUGUCCAAACGACAUGGCGCUACGUCUGUUGGACAGUUCCAGGAGAUGGGCUACUUACCAGCGGCCAUGGUCAAUUACCUUGCUCUUCUUGGUUGGAACGAUGGUUCAGAGGAAGAAAUUUUUACCGUGAAGCAACUAAUUGAAAAGUUCUCUAUCGAUCGCAUUACGAAGAGUGCUGCCAUUUUUGACCUUGCGAAGUUGGGAUGGGUGAAUGGACAACAUCUGCGGGCUUUGCCAAUCGAGGAUGUCAGCAAAAUGUUCGGGGAGCAAUGGAUGAGAGCAGGCCUUAUUACUGAGUCAGAAGGACCUUUCGUAACUGGAGGAGUCGCUUUGCUACAAAAUGGAACAGAUAUUCUGUCGGAUUCAACUCAAUCUCUGCUGGAUCUCCUCUCAUACCCACUCCAUUCAACUCUUGCAAGUGAACAAGCAAAAGAAUUUGUGAAUGACAACCUCUCAGAGGUCGCACAAGCAGUUUUAGCAGCGUAUGACAGUGGAGAUCUACAGGCUGCCGUUGACGGAGGACAUGAUACCUGGCAAAAGUGGGUGAAAAGUGUUGGGAAAGCACUCAAGCGAAAGGGGAAAAAAUUGUUCAUGCCCAUCAGAAUUUUGCUUACCGGAAGGAUGCAAGGUCCUGACAUCGGAAGUACUUUGGCUUUAUUGAAAGAAGGUGAGAGCAGUGGUAUUGUUACCGCCCAUGCUGCGCUAGUCCCACUGAAACAAAGGAUAGAGAUUCUUAGAGCCGUAGAUUGGUCAGCAGUUUCACAGGAGCUUUCGAAAGCUGCGGAAGGUUCUGCAGUUUUGGCACAUUAGUAAUAAAAAGAUCGUAUUUCUUAUUUAUACCAUGGUUCUGUGUUGGGCAAGAUCACGGGUUUGUCAAUUUAACGUCCUUCUAGGUAGGUUUGCUCAAGUUUUUUGUGGCUUCAUCGUGAACAUUCAUGAUGUUAUGAGCAUGGAAGGGUUGACAAGCGUUCCUUUAUUCCCAUCAGCUCAAACAAAAUUAAUACUGUAUGAAAUGAGAAAGAGAAACAUUAGCAAAUAUGAGAACCAAACGUCGGUUGAAGUU